AUCUAUCAUUGUCAGCACCUAUGAUCUUAGGACGAACCGCCGCCAGGGCUACAGGAUUUUCUCUCCCGUCUAGCACUUGAUCCGAAGCGUCGAACGUCACAUCGGGCGGUGUAGAAAACGUCCGAAUCUCACGGUGUAGUUGCAAUACCGUUGUGGUGUGGAUUCCUCCACUCCCUCCCCUGCCAGCUAAAAACCUGCCACUUAACAAACACAGCAUUGGAAGAAAGCUUCUUUCCAAUAUUCCACUUUCUUGUUUCCUCCCUCCUUUCCUCCUCUUCCUCCCCUGCCCGCCCCCGCAUGGUGUGAUCAGCCGAGAAAAAGGCGCGACCCAUCAAGACAUGCUCCCGCCGAGCGCCACCGUGCUGGUGCUGGUGCUACUCCUGGUCCUGGUCCUGGCCGCCGGUGCGGCCUGGGGCGCCAAUGACCUGGCCUCGGACACCGCGGAGCUGCAGGCCUUCCUCGCGCCGUUCGGGUCGGCGACCGUGUCCUGGAACUCGUCCCAGCCGACGUGCUCCUGGACGGGCAUCGUCUGCAUCGGCGGCCGUGUCACAGAGAUCCACCUCCCAGGGGAUGGACUCCGGGGUACGCUCCCCGUGGGCGCCCUCGGUGGCCUCACCAAGCUCGCCGUGCUGUCGCUGCGGUUCAAUGCGCUCUCCGGCCCGCUGCCGCCGGACCUAGCGUCCUGCCUCGAGCUACGGAUCAUCAACCUGCAGUCCAACCUUCUCUCCGGAGAGCUCCCGGCGGCUGUGCUGGCGCUACCGGCGUUGACGCAGCUCAACCUCGCGGACAACCGCUUCUCGGGAAGAAUACCGCCGGCCAUUGCCAAGAACGGGAGGCUGCAGCUGCUCUACCUGAACGGCAACCUCCUCACCGGAGACCUGCCGAUCGUCAGCAUGCCAUCGCUCACCUCUUUAAAUGUCUCCUUCAACAACCUCACCGGCGAGAUACCCGGAAGCUUCGGCGGCAUGCCGGCGACGUCUUUCCUCGGCAUGCCGUUGUGUGGCAAGCCGCUCCCGCCAUGCCGAGCACCAAGUUCGCAACCACCGUCGCAGUCUCCCGCGCUCCCACCCGUAGCAGCGGUCUCGGCAGACAACCGCACGCGAGGGGGGCGCCACCUCGCCGGCGGUGCCAUCGCCGGCAUUGUGAUCGGGUGCGCGUUUGGCUUCUUGCUCAUAGCAGCCGUUCUCGUCCUCGUGUGUGGCGCUGUGCGGCGGAAGCCAAGAACGACCUACCGCGGCCAGGACGCCGUCGCGGCGGAGCUGGCCCUGCACAGCAAAGAGGCAAUGAGCCCAAACGGCUACACUCCGCGGGUCUCCGACGCGCGGCCGCCGCCGCCGCCGCCUUCAGUGCCACCCGCCGUCGCCCCCGCCGCCGUGGGGCGGAAGAAGCUUUUCUUCUUCGGGAGGAUUCCUCGGCCCUACGACCUCGAGGACCUGCUGCGCGCGUCGGCCGAGGUUCUUGGCAAGGGCACGUACGGCACCACAUACAAGGCCGCGAUCGAGUCCGGACCAGUCAUGGCGGUGAAGCGCCUCAAGGAGACCUCGUUGCCGGAGCGCGAGUUCAGGGACAAGAUCGCGGCGAUUGGCGGGAUUGAUCAUCCCAACGUCGUGCCCCUGCAGGCCUACUACUUCAGCAAGGACGAGAGGCUCAUGGUGUACGAGUUCGUGGCCAUGGGCAGCCUCUCCUCGAUGCUUCAUGGCAACCGUGGCUCCGGCCGGUCGCCGCUGAGCUGGGAGUCGAGGAGGCGCAUCGCGCUGGCCUCCGCCCGCGGCCUCGAGUUCAUUCACGCCACGGGCUCCAUGGUCACGCAUGGCAACAUCAAGUCCUCGAACAUCCUCCUCAGCCAGUCGGUGGACGCGCGCGUGGCCGACCACGGCCUCGCGCACCUCGUCGGCCCCGCGGGCGCGCCGUCGACACGCAUCGCGGGCUACCGCGCGCCCGAGGUGGUGGCGGACCCACGCAGGCUCUCGCAGAAGGCUGACGUGUAUAGCUUCGGCGUGAUGCUCCUGGAGCUGCUCACGGGGAAGGCCCCCACGCACGCCGUGCUGCACGACGAGGGCGUCGACCUCCCGCGGUGGGCGCGGUCCGUGGUGAAGGAGGAGUGGACGUCCGAGGUGUUCGACACGGCGCUGCUCAGGCACCCGGGCGCCGAGGAAGAGAUGGUGGAGAUGCUGCGGCUGGCCAUGGACUGCACUGUGCCGGUCCCCGACCAACGGCCGGCGAUGCCGGAGAUCGUGGCGCGCAUCGAGGAGCUCGGCGGCACGGGUUCGGCGUCGACGGCGCGGUCCGGCCGGAGCGCGUCCAUAGACGAGGCUGACGAUCGGCCGCUGAGGCCCACCGGCUCGAUCCGUCAGAGUUGAGGUCCAAAUCCGAUCACUCCGGUCCAAGUCAGGCAACAUAGUGAUCAUUCGGUAACUCAUGAAAGGUUUUGAAAGAAAAAAUGAGAUAUUUUUCCUCUGUCUUCUUGCGCUUGUCUUAGGGCGUCACCGUGUGCUGUUAUUCUUUGAAGUUUCAUGAA